GGAUCCAACAUGGCCGCUGUGGGCGGAGCUUCAUUAACAGUGUGUCUGUGUGUCCUGCUGCUGCCGGCUGUCACUGGUCUACAGUCAGAGGACAGAGUGUGUGCCUUCACGGACCAUCCCCAGGGGGCGGAGCCUCACAGCGGACCAGCACAUGAGCUGCGAGGAGUCGUGCGAGAAAACGGCACGGUUCGCUGCGGUUGUGGGAAAAGAUGCUAUGGAUUGUGGGAAAAGAGACCAGAUGGGGAAAUACACCUGGUCAAGCAAGGUUGCUGGACUCACACUGGCGACCAGCAGGAGUGUCAUGGCGACCGUUGCCUGGUAACGACGACACCCUCUCAGAUCCAGAACGGCACCUACCGAUUCUGCUGCUGCAGCCGAGACCUCUGCAACGCCAACUUCACCGAGGCCCCGCCCACCGCCGACACCCCCGCCCACCACCAGCCGCUGCGGCGGGAGGAGACGGCGCUCAUCGCCCUGGUAACCGUCGCCAUAGCAGCCAUCGUCAUUGUGGCUUUGUUCCUGGGAUACCGCAUGAUGAAAGGCAAGCAGAAACACAGUCUGUCAGCUCUGGAUGUGAUGGAGGCAGCAAACACUGACGGUGCUGUCGACCUGGAUCACCUAAAACUACUGGAGCUGAUUGGUCGGGGUCGUUAUGGCACGGUGUUCCGCGGCUGUCUUAACGAGCGCUGCGUGGCCGUCAAACUCUUCAGCUCGGCCAACCGGCAGAACUACGCCAACGAGCGCUCCAUCUACUGUGUGCCGCUGCUGCAGCAACACGACAACAUCGCACGCUUCCUGACCGCCGACGAGAGGACGGCGGCCGACGGGCGACCCGAGUUCCUGAUCCUCAUGGAGUACUACCCACAUGGCUGUCUGUCUCGCUACCUGUCUCUCCACACAGUGGACUGGUCUACCUGCUGCAGAAUGACUCAUGGUGUGACCAGAGGACUCGCCUUCCUGCACACUGAACUCUAUAGAGGAGACCAGUAUAAACCAGCGGUGGCCCACAGAGACGUGACCAGUAGGAACGUCUUGGUCCGAGCCGAUCUGUCCUGCGUCCUCGCUGACUUCGGUCUGUCCAUGAGGCUGACAGGAAGUCGUCCCUGUCGUCCCGGAGACGAAGACACCAUGGCCAUAUCCGAGGUGGGGACGGUGCGGUACAUGUCUCCAGAGGUUCUGGGUGGAGCUCUGAACCUCCGGGACUGUGAGUCGGCGCUGAAGCAGGUGGAUGUUUACGCUCUGGGGCUGCUCUACUGGGAGAGCUUCAGGAGGUGCUCCCACCUGUUCACAGGUGAGGCAGUACCUGAGUUCCAGCUGGCGUACCAGGCCGAGGUCGGGAAUCAUCCCAGUUUUGAGGAGAUGCAGAUCCUCGUUGCCAGAGAGAAAUUUAGACCCAGAUUCCCUGAAGCCUGGAAGGAGAACAGUCUGGCGUUGCGUUCCCUGAAGGAGACGAUGGAGGACUGCUGGGAUCAGGACGCUGAAGCUCGACUCACCGCUCAGUGUGCCGAGGAGAGACUGUGUGACCUCACACUGCUGACUACACACACCGCCACACACAACCACAGGAAUCUGUCUCAGGGCCGUUGGCCUCCUCAGGUUGGCUCCGCCUCCUCCUACAUAGAGGAUCUCCAGGUAGGCGUGGUCAAGAAUCUCCAGGGAGACGGAAGCACAGCAUCCGUCGUCAAGACGACCACGAGUUCAGCAGAAGGCUCUGAAAAGAACAGAAACUCCAUCAACUACGAGCGACAGCAGGCACAGGCUCGCUCGGCCACUUCAGACAGCAAUGGUUCGUCCAGCACCACCAUGACACCGGCCUCCACCCUCUGCACCAUCACCGAGUCUGGUGUCCCUGUGUCCACUGUCCCCGUCUGUCUGCAGCUGACAGAAGAAGACUUGGAGGCCAUCAAACUGGACCCCAACGAGGUUGAUAAGAACUUGAGAGAGAGUUCUGAUGAGAACUUGAUGGAACAUUCACAGAAACUGUUUGGUUCAUCAGAGCAGCAACCUGCCGGCCUGAUGUACCAUCAGAUCCUCCAGACGGAGCUGAAUACUCUCUCUACAGAGGCGAACAACUCUGUGCUGGCUCUUCAGGGUGAACAAGGGGUCGUUGGUCGGGUUGAUUCUGCUCCCUCCUCCUCCAUCCACCCCCUCCCCAAACAGCAGAACCUGCCCCAGAGGCCCACUAGCCUCCACCUUCUCCCCAAAACCAAGGACACCACCUCCAGACUUAAGCUGGGAAAGCUCAAGUCUAACCACAGACAGGUGGAAACAGGUGUUGCUAAGAUGAACACGGUAACAGCUGCCACGGCUGCAGAGCCCCAUCAGGUAACCACGGUGACCAACAACACCAGCACGAGAGGCAGCGUUGAAACUGGGAGUCGAGUCAACUCCAAAUUGGUGGUUGCCAACGGCUACAGCGUCGGUGUCCCGACACUGGUGACGAACGGGAUGACAGAAAGAGGUCGAACCAAUCUGGCCGGACCGCAGCUGGAGGAGGAGGACAAGAUGGAGGGGGGGACGAUCAGAGGAGAGGACAACCUCAUGAACCUGCUCAACUCCAGUCCGGAUGAACAUGAACCGCUGCUGAAGAGAGAACAGCCGCCCGCUGAGAGCGAGCCCCUUCCUCAUCUGCAUCAUCAUCGUCUUCAGUCACAACCUGCCAACAUCGUGUCGGGACAAGGCUCAAACGCCAACAACAACAACAACAGGACGGCGUUGGGAUCAGAUGUGAAGACCCAGGGUUUGAAGGUUGAACCUGAGAGGAUGAUUGGUUCAGAGGUCCGUCAGGGUCGGAGCAACAAGACUCCUAAACCUGAGCCACAUCCGGCAGAACGAGCUACAUCGGACCAUGACCCAACACCACAGGAUAGAGGUCAAGGUUCAGAUACAAUACAAUCUGUCCAGAGAGCCCUUUUUGCAGAACCAGUACUGACCCCUGAAUCAUCCAGAAGCCCAAAGGCCCAUCUGGUCCACUCUACUGCCACGGCACUGGUUCCAGACCGUAGAGAUCCAGAGUCUGGCUCAGCUCCAAUCCCAGCAAAAGCUCAAAUUCCAGUCCCAGAGGGAUCCCCAGCUUCACAAGCACAAAACCCGGACACCUCAACCUCAUCUUCAACAGUCCUAGUUGUACACGCCCCAUCCCUUGGUCCAGAAACUCAAGACCUAAAGCCUCCAGUCUCAGAUCCAGCAGCUCCAGUCCGGGAAGCUCCAAUCGGAAAUCCAAAAGCUUCAGUUUUAGAGGUUCAAGUCUCAGCAAAUCCAGCUUUGGAAUCUCAGCAUUCAGGAACCACAGCAGAAGCUUCAGCUCCAGAACCUGCAGCUCUACAAAGUCCCACCUUAGAUCCAGAAACUCCGGUUCUGCUGCAGACCCAGAUGGGACCGGCCAAAGCCAAGAGGCGUGAGCGUCCUUGUUCCCUGGACUUGUCCUCAUCCUGCAUCUCCUCAGAUGAUGUUUCUGUGACAGAUAACGGCAGUCUGAGCGCUUCAGGAGAGAAAAUUAAACGUCGUGUCAAGACUCCAUACACCGUGAAAAAAUGGCGUCCGGCCUCAUGGGUGGUUACCACGGAUACAGCUCUCGACCCGGACUUCGAGAUCAACCCCAGUGGCAGUAGCGGCAGCCAAACCAAUUUAUCUUCUAGUCUCCAUAGAGCAGGAAGCAUCGGCAUCCCCAGAAUCAAUCAGUCCAAAUCCAGCAUGGCGGUGUUUCUGGUGGGAGGCGGAGCCACGGCGACCACGACCUCCGAGCCGGAUGGAAUGACCUGCUUCUAAAGCUGAUGUUUGAUUAAAGGUUUUGUUUUUCUUUUCUUAAAAAGGAGAGCAGAUUCAUUUAUUUCACUUCUUUGUCUUCCUUCUCUUUUGUUGUGGAAAAUGGAGUUCACUGACUGCCGCACCAUUCGGCCUCCCCAACACCAAACUGAACCUCAUGCUGAAUCUGAAGCACAGGAAGUGACCCACCAUGAAAGGCACCUCGGCCACGGGCUUUUGGGUUUGACCUUGAUCUAAAGGCUUCAACAUGUGUUUUAGGUGAUAGUGAGGUUAAGGAUGCUCGGUGGUGGUGCAUGUUUGGGCUCCUGCUUUGACUCAUCUUGUGGCUCGGAGAAGCGUCCAGUGGCUUGUCAGCGUGACCAGAGGACUGGGUCAGUUGUUAUAUUUUUAAAGCACUUUAAACAAAAUUAGCAUUAUUUAGCAUUAUUUAGAGAACUACAACGCAGACACUCUGUGGUUCGAAUAGUUACGGAGAUAUUUAUUUAGGAAUCUCUUUGUUUCUUCAUACAGUUUUUGUAUGAUUUGAAGAUGCGUUCUUGCUUUAAACCUUUACUCUAUGCAGUCAGCUCAUGAGGCCUCGUGGCUCAGAUUUAUCAACACAUUGGCAACAUUACUGUCGGGGGGGGGGGGUUAUUCUUUAUUCUCUAAUUUGCACUCUUUUAUUACUUUUAUUACACUCUUUUAUGAAGUUUUUCAGCCGCCUUGUGAGGUCUGCUGUGACCGCCAUGUUACAGCUGGAAUGAGAGAGGAAGUGGAGAGGAUAGAUAAGCCACGCUCCAUCAGCCUUGUGACCUUCGUAACCUCGGCCACGUACAAACCUCCUCAGGAACCUUUACAGCGCUAAUGUAGGCUGGAACGCUCACACGUUUAUUAUUGUUUAAAAAUAUGAAAAGAUGAGCAGAAUAUGAAAAGCGAUCCGUCAGAAGAAAGAAGGUGAAUGACAGAGUUGAUCCAAACGACGAAAUCAGCCUUCAAACACCUCCAAAGCGGUCUUAUGUCUACACGUUGUGUUGUGUUCGUCACCGAUCCAUCCAGAGUCAGUCGGGUUGAGGUCCAGGAUGGUCGGACAGCGUCUGAGUGUGUUUGAGGAAGUAUCAUGAAAAGUGACUUAAAGAUGCUCUUGUUAGGACCUUCAGAAACCUUGUCAUUUAAACGAAGCCCUCCAAAACAGAGUUGGAAAUGAGUACCAGCCAGAAACCAAUGGUGAUCUACUUAGUGUCUGCUAGAUCUCAGUAUUAAUGUCCGACCCUGGUCAAGUAAACCCAUCAGAUAGUAGAUCCACCGAACUUUAUUUUACUAAAGUGUAAACUGGCCCAACCUGCUGUUCAUCCAAAAGGAGUUGGAAGAUGAAUAUUUGUACUCAAAAUGUUAUUUCAAUCUAAACAAGUGAUGCUCUGUGUAUGAGACAUCCCUUUUGAAAAGUUGAUCCAUGAAAUGUAUAAUUCUAAGGUAUUAUUUAUAAACGCAUUUAGUAGCACUUAUAGUAGAACAUUUAAAAAUGUCAGAUCUGUUUUAAUGGAGUUUGGUGUGACGUAAACUGGACUGCAUCUAAAGUCCAUUUUCUGCCUUUUUAUAUUUACUUUCUGUUUCUUUUGUUUUUAAGACAUCAAAUCGACUGUCAAAUCACUGUUAGAUGUAUGUGAGCAUUUGAAAUGUUUUUAUGAAUGGCUGAUUUCAUAAAUGCCAAGUUGUUGGCUAACCGUUUGGAUUUAUAUGUGAAACACCUGUAACUGCUCCUUUAAAUGUGCAGUUAUAAUAAGUAUACUUAUUGACAUUUAGGGAAUAUUACACUUCUGUAUCUGUAUCAGAUCUGUAUUUUAUUUCCAUGGUUAUUGUGAUUCCUUUUCCUCAACUACCCUGAAAACAACAACAUAAAUCUUAUCAUACUGUUAUUACGUUUAGUGUAUUUUAAGAUGCCUUCUAAAAUGUAUUUCUGUUUUGUUAUUUUUGUAUUUUCUACUGUUUGUACUGUUUUUAGAUAUGCUAAUGUACAUACAGAUGAAAAUGAUUUGUUCUAUGUAAAUGUGUGAAGGCAGAUGUGUGUGUGAUUAAGCUAACCCUUGUUUAGCUAGCCUUGGUUCAGAUAGUCCUGGUUGAGCUAAUUCUGGUUUAGCUAGCCCUGGUCUGGCUAAACCUGGUUAAGCUAACUAUGGUUAAGCUAGUUCUGGUCAAGCUUUACCUGGUUUAGCUAGCCCUGGUUUAGCGAGCUCUGGUAUUAUUAGCUCUGGUAUAUCUAGUCCUGGUGUUGCUAGCCCCUGGUUUAGCUAGUCCUGGUUUAGCUAGCUCUGGUCUAUCUUAUCCUGGUUUAGCUAGCUCUGGUCUAUCUUAUCCUGGUUUAGCUAGCCCUGGUCUAUCUUAUCCUGGUGUAGCUAGCCCUGGUGUAGCUAGCCCUGGUCUAUCUUAUCCUGGUGUAGCUAGCCCUGGUGUAGCUAGCCCUGGUCUAUCUUAUCCUGGUGUAGCUAGCCCUGGUGUAGCUAGCUCUGGUCUAUCUUAUCCUGGUGUAGCUAGCCCUGGUGUAGCUAGCUCUGGUCUAUCUUAUCCUGGUUUAGCUAGCCCUGGUCUAUCUUAUCCUGGUGUAGCUAGCCCUGGUGUAGCUAGCUCUGGUCUAUCUUAUCCUGGUUUAGCUAGCCCUGGUCUAUCUUAUCCUGGUGUAGCUAGCCCUGGUGUAGCUAGCCCCUCUUAUGCUGGUCGUGCUCUGGAAGCUUUUGUGUUCAUCAUUUCCACCUGGCGGUCAAUGUGCGACAUAACAGAUAUUAGCUGUAGCUAGCUAGCAGAGUAUGCAAUGAGUUUGUUUUCAGCUCAGAUCUUGAUAUGAGAACUCAGCAGGACUUCAGCUUCUCUUCAUUUUGAUUCUUUGCUUUAACUAGACCCAAAUCUAAAAAGUGCGUCGUCUUGAGUCUGAGCACAUUUAUCCUCCUGCUCACUGGUUCAGGUGGACGGUGUGAUUAUCCCUUUACAGUAACAGACUGUAGAUAAAUAGUUAUCAUAAAGCUCAAUGAAUAGGAUCUACAUGUCAUCUGUAAUAUUACAUUUAGAAAUAACAGACUUAACCACGUUCAGCAUCCUGCAUGAAAAAUAUCACAACAUUAAAAUGUUUUAUUAUUUCUGACGUCUCUUCAGCCGUUUGUUUUCUAACUGUAUAAUAUUCCAGAUGCAGGAUGGAGAGUGUAUCAGUAUAUAUUGUAGAUAUAAAAUCAAACAUAUUUAACUGCUAUAAGUCUUCUGGGAUGUCUGUCGUUGUAUAUGCAGUGUAUUUCUUUGUUUAUCCAUUUGUAUUAUGUAUAUGCUGGUUUUGACUUUCCAGUGGUGUAAAUACUCAGUAUUACAUUAUUAUACAUUGUAUACUUUCAUAUGGGACCCAGUACCACCUCUACUACUGCUGUUGUUGUGUUCUUUAAGCUCACACUCCUUCUUACUGUUAACACAUAUUACGUCUGCACACUCACACCCAGCAUGUUGUACAACCCUACAGAUCAGAUCUCUGGUGGUUCAUCCUGACAUUCUGUAAAUCCAUGUGGAGCAAACAUCAUAUUAAUAUCACACGCUGAAGUUUAUCAUUUAAUAAAGAGCAGAGGAUC